CAUGUGCUGGACCUCGCGAGAUGGCGGUACUGGCAAUGACAGGUACUUUCCCAGAGUGCUGCGUCGCAUACGGCAGGAGUUACUGGCGAUCAAUAACAAUAGGUUCUGUGGAGAGCCCGAGGGGCCCUUGAGCGAAGCUGGAAAUUGCGGAGAUUGCGAGCGUUCGAGUUUGAGUGUUUAUCUCCAAGCCUUUCGGUACUUCUACAAACUGGAUGUGCUUGGCCGAUCGGACUAUCCUUCGCCUUGAUCGAAGGCGCCUUUACAGCCCGC